CUGGUCACGUUUGGCUCUUGGCCACAUAUUUUGCACACGGGCGUAUGUUUUGCCCAGCUGAGCGAGGCGGUAGCGACGGUGCAGCUGGACGCAGGUGACCACGACGUGGCGCUGGCCGCGGGUCCCGCGAGGCGCGCCCGCACGACCAGCGAACUACAACUCCCGACGCUCACGGCCAUCUCCGCAGGAGGCCCUUGUCCCCAGCACAGAGUCACCCGGAUACGGAGCUGGGGGUGCGUGACAGCCAGCGGCAUGGAGUCCCGGACUGCAGACGGCUGCUUCCUGGGCGACGUGGGUUUCUGGGUAGAGCGCACCCCUGUGCACGAGGCUGCCCAUCGUGGUGAGGCCUUGGAGCUGCAGCAGCUGAUCGAGAGCGGCGCCUGUGUCAACCAGGUCACAGUGGACUCCAUCACGCCCCUGCACACAGCCAGUCUGCAGGGCCAGGCACAGUGUGUGCAGCUGCUGCUGGCUGCCGGGGCCCAGGUGGAUGCUCGGAACAUCGAUGGUAGUACCCCGCUCUGCGAUGCUUGUGCCUCUGGCAGCAUCGAGUGUGUGAAGCUAUUGCUCUCCUACGGGGCCAAGGUCAACCCACCCCUGUACACAGCCUCCCCACUGCACGAAGCCUGCAUGAGCGGAAGUUCCGAAUGUGUGAGGCUUCUAAUUGAUGUUGGGGCCAAUUUAGAAGCACACGAUUGCCAUUUUGGGACCCCUCUGCACGUUGCUUGUGCCCGGGAGCAUCUGGACUGUGUCAAAGUGCUGCUCAAUGCAGGGGCCAAUGUGAAUGCAGCAAAGCUUCACGAGACAGCCCUUCAUCAUGCAGCCAAGGUGAAGAACGUGGACCUCAUUGAGAUGCUGAUUGAAUUUGGAGGCAACAUCUAUGCACGGGACAACCGGGGAAAGAAGCCCUCCGACUACACGUGGAGUAGCAGUGCCCCUGCCAAGUGCUUUGAGCACUAUGAAAAGACACCGCUAACCCUGUCACAGCUCUGCAGGGUGAGCCUGAGGAAGGCCACCGGUGUCCGAGGGCUGGAGAAAAUCGCCAAGCUCAACAUCCCUCCCCGGCUCAUCAAUUACCUUUCCUACAACUGAGCUGCAGGCACGGGAGGCAGGAGCAGGCUGGUGGCACCCUGGCUGCUGGCCUUGCCCAGCCCAGUGUUGUUUGUCUGAAGCCCUCAGUUCCUAUAGAUAGAACAACGUUCCCCGAAUCCCCAUUGACUGUUGUGUUUCAUCUUCUCCGUGGACUCCUGGAGAAUAUUUCCAAGGCAUUGGGAAGGACCUGCCUUAGCUUCUGCUGGGGCCGUGGCCCUGUGCUGGCUCUUCUGGAACUUGGCUCUAACUCUGGCGUUCCCAGCGUCCAGCUGUCCUCUUUUCACUGACCUUCCUCAGAAGGACACUCAGGAAAGACUGUUCUGGGAGCACAGGGGAAGGCCAAGCAGGGCUGGGGCCCAGGCUACUGCUGUUGAUUUCCACAUGUCUGGGAGGUCCAGGGGUGCGGUGCCAUCUCUAAUUCAUUCAGCGCUACGCAGCCCUGGGGGGCUCAAAGGGACAGCCUGAGCCACAGGGGGUGGACCUGUGAGAGGUGAGGUCCUGACCACGUGGCCUGGGAUGGAUGCAUUAGUGACAUCAUGCCACUUGAACGCUUUUUUUCUGGAGCCAAGGGUGGGCACUUUCCAAGGCCCACCUCCACCCAGGUGUACCCAUUACUCAGGGACUUUGUACGGGUUUUAUGGGGGAAGCUCAGGGUCUUCAUUCCCCACAACCAGCACAGUGUUUCACAGGAAAUUUUUCUUCAGUUUUAGGUCUCAACUUAAAACGUUUAUGUGAGGGAUAAAUAAACUUUCAGAAGAUAUGUAGGUAUGUACAUAGGUAAUGUGAAGGGGUGUUAGCACAUUACCAUGAGCAGUCAUUUCCAAUGUGAAAGAUUGUUAGGAAAUGCUUUGGAGAUUAUUUUUAAUCAUUUUAUGGUUGCCAAAUGAAUUCUUCCCUAAAUUUUGUUAAUUCCUUGAAGUUCUGAGAUUGGUAGAAGAGGUUGCCAGCACCCAGUGGGUAUUAUCAACCAUUGAUUGGUGCAUUCUGUAGAUAUCUGUGGAACAUCUAUUAUGCUACAGCAUUUUCUCGGUGCUUUGACCUGGAUAGGAUUCAGACUCAUUAUCAUAAGCUGGGGAAAAUAGAGUUUUGCAAUCUGUUCCUAUAGUAAUAGAAACAAGUGGUUCUAGAUUAUAAGUCAUAUGGUGAACUAGUAAGAAUAUUCAGACUGCAGUUGUCUGUCUAAGAUUCUGUAUCGUAAUAAAAACAAACAGAAAACCAGGGAAUGAAACUAGGCAAUUUUGCAUGAUCAAGUUCAGGUAUAUUUGGUUUCUGGGGAAACAGAGAAGGUGCCACUUGUGAACACCCCAGAAAUGUGGACGUUACCACAUUCUUCCAGAGAGUGUAGAAUAGACUGAGCCUGAACUGUCGUCCAAGGUAAUGCCAAGUGUGCUACACAACCAGAAGUGUCUGCACAGGGUUACUUGGGUGGGGCCCCAGAUCUGAUGGUAAGUUUCAUGCUGGUUGUACAGUUAUUUUCCAUCUCACUGUUCCAGCCAUGGUUACAUCAUUCUAUGCUGAGAGCAAGAGCCACUCCGAUUUGGUUACAGGCUUAAAUACAAGUUGUGGGUAAAUCAGUGUUUCUGUAUGUACUAAUAACAAUGGGGAAAAAAAAGCAUUGGGUUCUGCCCUUUCAUCUUUGUAACAGAAACUUGCUUCUAGCAAUAAGCUGGUAACAUUUCCAUAAGGGGGUGCACGGAGUACAGAAUCGCAGCCCCACGCUCGCUGCUCAAUAAAAGGUGUUGAAUAGAGUCCA